AUGGACACCUUAUCUCUAAGUGUAUCGUUUGAGGCUACUUUCAACCGGUCAACUUUGGCACAAGCAUGUCUCUGCUCAAAAGCUCAACUUGGCCAGUCAACCAGACGUUAUCGAGUGUCAUCUAUUUGUGAUAUUGGCGUCUACACUCGGAAUCGCAACUUUAGGUUGCCUGGCUCCCAGAAGUCGGGUAAAGCAAACUAUCUCCUACCUCUUUACGAUGGAUUACCAAUGGUGCCGGUGGAAGCCUCCAUAAAAAGUGCAACAACCAAAUGCAUCAGUGGCGAUUCUGGUCUGGACUAUUUAGCAUGUUACUGGCCUAAUUGGAGGUCCUGGGCAGAAAACCUGGUCACCUAUUUGGGACCCGGGGCGACCUUAAAAUCCCCUAUGCUUCUGCGGCCUGUUCCUGGCUGUAAAUGUGCUAUCGGUGUAUCCGCUUCUCCCUUAGAUACCAUUUAUCUCGAUGCAUUUAAUCAAUCUUCAAUUAACGAUCAGCCUACCGUAUCAUAUUCUCCUUCUCAGAAUCACUUAGUUCCGAUUUCCAUCGGCGUUGAAAACUUAAAGUUAGCCUUAAACGAACCCAAUUCAUCUUCCCAAGCUUCUCUUCACAAAGAGAUCCAGGGCCCACAUUAUCCGAUUCCGGGCUUCUUCAAAAACACUAGCCCUGAUUAUUCUGUCAAUGGAAAGCGGCUACCAGCUAGUUGGCUGCAACAAGUGGAGAACUCAGCUUUGGCUGCAUGUGUUGAUGCAGUAAUCAAGGAUCUUUUCAAACGACAGAAUCCUCUUUCCUUGGCUCCAGGUUGA